AUGGCUCAGAACGCAUCUUUUUACUGCCCGUCUGGUGGAGACUGGUACGCUUGUUUGUAUGGUUCGAAGUUUGCCGGAUGCUGCUCGAUCGAUCCUUGCGCCAAAGGCUGUCCACUAGAUGCCGUAUAUCCCUUCGCAUUUCAGUACGAUCUGUACGGCAGGUUUCCAGAUGCUUCCUGCGGGUCCAACUCUACCUUCUUCACAUGUGCCGCAGGGCCUAAUGCCACUUUUGGUGGAUGUUGCAAAACAGUACCUUGCAGACUUGACCCUCCGAGUUGCCCCAAAGGACACUUGGUCCCCAUGUAUAUGGAACAUCAGUUACAACUUGAUUUCUACGGAAAUCCAGAUCUCAACAAUUAUGGACAACCUCCGGUUACGACAUCUUCCGUCGUACGUGUCAGUGCUGUGCCUACCGCUACAAGCGCUCCAAUCUUAUAUGCCGAAACGCUUAGCGAUACAAACGCACUCAUUUCAUCCAGCCUGUCCAUUGCUAUUGCCGUAGUUGUUUCGGCAGCUCUCACUAUCUGGCUAUGCUACCGAAGGGUUCCUGGUGUUUAUCUCAAGCAAUGGAGCUCAAUUGAGCGUAUACCGCUUCCCACUGAGACAGUGUCAAACAGCAAAGACACAACUCAGACACAUUGUAACGAUAUCCAAACGACCCCUACAGUGCACGAUCUUGCCCGACUGGGUACUAGAUGUCUCUGCAUUCUUGCAGCAACCACUCUGGUGGAGCUUCUGCUGUGUGGAUUCUUGAACUUUCUGUGGUUUGGACAACCCAACAACAAGACUUGGAUGCUUAUCAUGAUCGAUGGAUGGGUCACACGCUCUGUAGCUGUAGCAGCUUUAGUACUCAGAACCGCAGUGGACCUACAGGCCGCCAUAGGGUCCGCCAUUCUUGCCUCGUUGUUUCUGGAAUCUCGAGUCGGAAUACAACUAUGCCAACUUGCUAACAUCUCUCCGAUGCGUGCUGGUGCAACAAGCCCAUGGGCUUUUGUCUGGUGUGCAGUGAGAGACGCUUGGCAAUCCACCACCCUUCGCAGGCAGCAUUAUUCACUGUACGUCGUCAGUGUUCUAUUAGUUCUGACGACGAGUGUGCUCCAGUUCUCAUCGACAGUAUUGCUGUCAGAUCUGAAACUAGGACCGUUAGCUGCUCACCAGUCUAUUUCCGAGAUUCGAACAGGUCUAUCGUAUGCACCCUCGACCGAGAAGAUUCCACGGGAUUCUGCAUGGACAACAAAUCCACCCUCAUUUCCAUCUUUUGGGGAGUACCAUGAGCCCGGAAGUUCAAGUGAAGAUUAUGUUGCAGACACCGGCCUACUCUUACGCGCGUUCCUCCCUUAUGUGGCUCCUGAAUCUCGACAAACGCUCUCAACCUAUUCAGGGAACGCACUGAUACUCGAUGCCAGAGUCUCCUGUCAGGCUCCUGUCAUCACACAACUAUAUGCGGCUGGUACAUCGAACACGCAAAUCACUGGAUUGGUUGAAACUUCGAAGCGCAUCUCCAUGCUACAAGAGAUCGCAAGCACGCCAUUCGACUGUACGGUGGCUGGCGGCAGUGAGCUCACUAUUUGCCAAAUAGCGCAGUCUCGUGAGUCCUUCACAGGGUCGUUGAAUAGUCAGUUCGUCAACUCUACCACUUUUGGAACCGCCUUUCUCGUCUUCCUAGGCUCGCAGAAUUCGAUAAACCCCAAGAUUUGGCUUCCUUUGUCUAUGGACGAGCAUAACAGCACAAUCCAAGCUUCAGCCACCCUCUGCUUUGCGCCCUGGGAUUCAGCUGUUCUAGAUGUGACCUUGUCUGGUGAGACGAAUCGGUCCGAGCCUCUGCUUGAAUACAAUGCUACCUCGGACAAACCAUUUCAGACAUGGGCUGUACUCAAUCAUCUCAUCCCUACUGUGAAGAACGGUAUGCGUCAAAUAUUACAGAUGGAGAGACCUCAUAGUUAUGCUGGGGACCUUCCUCCACGAUACCGACGGCCAGUGGUACAGAGUGAUAUUGGGAGCAGUUCAGCCGCUGAAGCCAGUGUUCCACUGCCUGCAAAUUGGACUGUUACCCUUAAUGGAGCCCCCCUCGUCACCAUGCUUCGUCGCUUCCCCAAGCAUCCCAGUCAGAUUGUUGCUGCAGACCCUGCCCUGGCUGCAAUCUUUGACGAUGCACUCCAUUCCACUUCUGUUGAAUGGGCUCUCUCUUCACUAAUCACAAUUCUCUCAAUGACCAACUACUACGGUCAGCAGCCAGCAUUCGAUCGUUUGGACAAUGUCACUGUAUCUUUCUUUGAGAACGUCCUUUACCCUCGAGAUCAUCUAGGCUUGACGAUGCUCAUGUGGGUUCUCGCAGCUCACAUUGUUAUCAUCGCUGUUCUCGUGGUUUUAUUCAUUCAAAAGACUCGCCUGACACUCCUUGGAAAUGCGUGGUCCGCUUUCGCGCAGGUAGCGGAGUCUUGUGAAAUCAUGGAGCACAUUGCUGGCGCAAGUGUACGGAGUGAUUCGGAGGUCCUGGAAGAUCUCAAGGAGGCGGGCAGGGGCAAUUUGCGAGCCAGGGUGGUACGCAGAGGAGAGGGCGCCGAAGUAAUAGUCGAGUGA